UUGUGACGUAAACAAUGCCUGCCACGCGUCGGAACUUUGCUGCAAAAUCGCAGCUGGGCACGAGUGACCCUCGUAAGGAAACGUGGUCGUCAUCUGGGACUGACUCCAGGAAUCAUGGAUUUUUUAUUUAGAUUAAUCGUUGUCUUUUACUUGUGGGACGUUUUUACUAUUCAGGGACAAAAGGAAGAGAAGAGCCCAGAACAAGUGAAAAUAGAAGUUUUGCAUCGUCCCGAAAACUGUUCUAAGACAAGCAAGAAGGGAGACCUGUUAAAUGCCCAUUACGAUGGCUUCUUGGCUAAAGACGGCUCGAAAUUCUACUGCAGCCGGACACAAAAUGAAGGCCACCCUAAAUGGUUUGUUCUUGGUGUUGGGCAAGUCAUAAAAGGUCUAGAUAUUGCUAUGAUGGAUAUGUGCCCUGGAGAGAAAAGAAAAGUAAUUAUACCCCCUUCAUUUGCAUAUGGAAAGGAAGGUUAUGAAGGCAAGAUUCCACCUGAUGCAACAUUGAUUUUUGAGAUUGAACUUUAUGCUGUGACCAAAGGACCACGAAGCAUUGAAACGUUUAAACAGAUAGACACAGACAACGAUAGGCAACUCUCUAAAACUGAGAUAAAUUAUUACUUGGAAAAGGAAUUUGAAAAAGAUGAGAAGCCACGUGACAAGUCCUAUCAGAAUGCAGUUUUAGAAGAUAUUUUUAAGAAGAAUGACCGUGAUGGUGAUGGCUUCAUCUCUUCCAGGGAAUACAAUGUGUAUCAGCACGAUGAGCUGUAGUGUAUUUUUAUUUCUACAUUUUCUUAGCCACUUUGUGUAAAACCAAAGUCACUUUUCUGUAAGUUGUAUUUUCUGUUUUUCCUCCAUGAGAACAUAUUUUGAUCCCCUUAAUACAUGUAAUUUUGGCAUCAUAAAUGUGAAGCUAUUUUGAAAUUUUAACUUUAGUGAAAGGUAUGAUUUUGUCUGUGAACACAUUGCAGCACCAUGAAACAGACUGUGUCCCAGUGGGCAAUUUUCCCCCUUCAGGAUAUUAGAGGGCAUCUAUGUCCCAUCUACAAACUCUUCUGAAUUCCAACCUUAACAGCAUGUAUAAAUAUGUGAAUAUCCAUUUUUUAAUAUUUUAAAUGUUAAAAUGCUCCCUAUUUUUAAUAUUUUCAAUUAGGACCCAGGAAUUAAUAUUUCAUUUAAUUUGUAUGUAUCAUAGCAUUACAGGUAGUCGGACAUAAAAAUCACAGGACUGGAGAGCCUUCCUUCAGUGUGCAUGCAGAAAUACUUGAGUUUUAUGGCUCUGUCUCACAGACAGCCUUAACAUACUCUCUGUACUUUUUGGCUUCUGGCCUUGGGUAUUUGUUCCAAUGGGCAAUGUUUAAAGAUACAUGAUCAGACUAAAGAGUGCCUCUUUUCUUAUAGUAAGCAUAAAAAAGCCCAUAUUGCUCUUGAAUUUUGUACUCCCUCAGAUGUCAUUGUAAAUGUGCUACUCCUUUUCCUUAUGAUAGGCCUUGAUGCCUACCAUCCCUAACUUUUUGUCUUGCUAGUUUUAAAUUAAUGCUGUGGUAUCUUAGUUUCCAGUUCCCUUUCUCUAGGUAUCUCUAUCCUAUGUCACUUCAUUUCACAAUGUUCUUGUUAUUAAUGAUGAAUGAGCAUUACAGACUGAUAUGCCAUCAGACUUUUGAUAUAGAUUUUAUUUUACACGAGGAUACAUGAGGAUAUCAAAUGAUGAUUCAAAUGAUAUACAAUACUAUGGCCACUUUGUGUCAUGGUCAAACCAUCACAAGAUCCAACUUGAGAAUAGGAGGUAAGAGAUGAUGUUAGAUCACAUUGUUGGUGCCAAAGAAAAGGCCUUGUUUAUGGGAACAUGUAAGGUUUUGCUUACUGCAUAUGUAGGAAAGUAUGGUCAGGCAGUAAAUAGCUCUGUUCAAAAUAGCAUUUUCCAUUUUCUGAAACCUCUUUGCAAACCAUUGUUAAAAGUUCAUCUUUUAACCUCUUUAGAUAUACUGCCAGAAAUACAUUAUUUACAAAUAUAGGGAUAACACAAAAAUCUGGUGAGAUUAGUAGAUAUCAUAUAUGCAUAGCACAAAGUUCAACCUCUCAUAAAACCAGAACCUUUACUGUCUUAUCUUCUCAGUAUUUAUUCAUUCCUAUGCCCUAUAACUCCUCCUCACUUGCCUAGAUCAUCAAUUCUUUCAUCCUUUCACUUCUUUCCAAAAAACCUGCUCAGUUGAAAUAAACUGGGUUGAUGACUCAAUAUUAAGUAUUGGUUUGGAAACCGCCCCCAUUCUCUAUUCCUACAUUAAAAAAAGUCACCAGAG